CCCAAGGGCCUGGGCCAGAGCCGGAGCCUGACGGGCGUGUACCGCCUGUGCCUCUCGGCGCGCACCGUGGGCUUCGUGAAGCUCAACUGCGAGCAGCCGUCGGUGACGCUGCAGCUCAUGAACAUCCGGCGCUGCGGCCACUCGGACAGCUUCUUCUUCAUCGAGGUGGGCCGCUCGGCCGUCACGGGCCCCGGCGAGCUGUGGAUGCAGGCCGACGACGCGGUGGUGGCGCAGAACAUCCACGAGACCAUCCUGGAGGCCAUGAAGGCGCUCAAGGAGCUCUUCGAGUUCCGGCCGCGCAGCAAGAGCCAGUCGUCGGGCUCGUCGGCCACGCACCCCA